CUUCCUCGUCACCCGCAAACACGCAUCCUUUCGCAUCGCCAUGGACCUCUUUCGCGCUACUCGAGCCAAAGAUCGCCGCACCAUGCCCAACGGUCGUCACACCACGCCCCGCGAGCGUCGCACCAUGCCCAGCGAGCAUCGCACCACGCCCAGCGAGCAUUGCAUCAAAUAUAACCUCAAGCGCGGCAUUCAACCGGACGACACCCUCCGCAUCCCCUCCUGGCACGCCUCCGAUCAUCCAUCGUUGUCAGUGAUGUCCUCCGAUCAUCCAUCAUUGUCAGUGACGUCCUCCGACUGCUCCUGGCACGCCUCGGACCGCUCGUCGACCUGCCCGGUCAUAUACCACAACUGCCGCUGCUCUUAUACAUGUCCGGUACGCGGUUCUUCUGCCUCUCGGGGAGGCAGCCAUUCUACCUGUCGAGAAGGUGACCACACUUCCUGUCCACCACGCGGUCGACCACUAUCCCAAACAUACGGCACCCCGUCCGACCAGCUCCGCCGCGCGGAGCACCAUCACCGCGGUUCGACGUUCUCCUUUCAUGAUGGCCGGCUUUCGUCGCACAACGCUUACGGGCUCCCGCCCGCUGACGACUACCAUCUCUCGACCUGCAGCGGCUCUUGUCUCUCAUCCUCUACUACCUACAGUCCUCCGCCUUACAGAGCAUCACGCCCCGAGUUCACCUACCACAUCUCGAGCAAAGAUCGGAGAUGGAAGGUGCUCUUGCAGGACACUAUCAGGCGCCCGGUGCGCUCCCUAGUCCCUGGUCGCCCUCACCCCCCCAAUAUACGCCAGAUCCACACCCUCAGCAAACGCGCCUUAGGGGACAUCGUCCGUCAGGCGCUGAAGCUGUCGAAGCUCGACCUGGUGAGGAAGCGCUCGGGUCUCAGUAUCAGUGGCGCCUCAAGCGCGGAGGGAGACUCGAGCGCGACACUUUUCGAGGGCCCAACCGCCACAGGAAACGCUAUCGAACGUCCUGUUCCCUCCUUCCUUCCCUCGUCGCCGUGCCACAACACGUAUGCUGCGCCCCACGACUGGCCCGGCGACCGUAUAGGGAAUGCCGGCAGCCUUCGUGAGGACGCUGGCAGCCUUCGUGAGGACGCUGGCAGCCUUCGUGAGGACGCCGGUGGCCUUCGUGAGGACGCCGGUGGCCUUCGUGAGGACGCUGGCAGCCUUCGUGAGGACGCUGGCAGCCUUCGUGAGGACGCUGGCAGCCUUCGUGAGGACGCUGGCAGCCUUCGUGAGGACGCUGGCAGCCUUCGUGAGGACGCUGGUGGCCUUGUUGACAGCGAUCAUGCUGGUGGCAUUGGCGAGGAUGCAGGCGCGCUCUACUAUGUUGCUGGCGAAGCUUUCAAUUUCGACGAUCCUAGCGGCUUUGAAGACUAUGCUGGCGGCUCUGUCAACGAUGACCCUAGCUCCCUCAACGACUAUUCCAGCUCCCUCGACGACGACGAUAAUACCAGCACGAUCUCACUGCUUAACGGCGAGCCUCUCGCCGACGCCGAUCUCUGUGUCAGUCUGCAUUUGUCUUCGUCAAGUACACCAUACUCGCACUCGUCACGCUGGAUCAAAAGCUGGAUUGCACAGGUGACCGUGUCUCGUCGAGAAGCUCGAGAGGAUUCCUGCGAGUUGCACUAGGUAACUGGCCCUCAGGCAUGUACGAGACCUGCCCUUUGUUUUGUCUACACUGGGUUCAGUGUGGCAGCUCGCUGGGGUUCUCUCCACGACACACAAGGCAUGGGUGGAGCACGCUCGCAGGCCACAGCACGCGCCCGCACACGCUCACCAG